AGUACUUGAUCCUGGCCACCAUCAUCGCCAACUGCAUCGUACUGGCCCUGGAGCAGCACCUACCAGCCAACGACAAGACCCCCAUGUCAGAACGUCUGGAUGACACAGAGCCCUACUUUAUUGGAAUAUUCUGUUUCGAGGCUGGCAUUAAGAUUAUCGCCUUGGGCUUUGCAUUUCACAAAGGCUCGUACCUCCGCAACGGCUGGAACGUAAUGGACUUUGUGGUCGUCCUCACUGGGAUCCUGGCCACGGUGGGCUCAGACUUUGACCUGAGGACUCUGCGGGCGGUGAGAGUACUGAGACCACUCAAACUGGUGUCUGGCAUCCCCAGUCUUCAGGUGGUAUUGAAGUCUAUCAUGAAGGCCAUGGUGCCUCUGCUCCAGAUAGGCCUGCUGCUAUUCUUUGCCAUACUCAUGUUUGCCAUCAUCGGAGUGGAGUUCUACAUGGGCAAGUUCCACACCACCUGCUUCAAUGUCGACACUGGUGAGCGAGCGGCAGCAUUCCCCUGUGGUACGGAGGCCCCAGCCAGGAUGUGUCCUAACGGUACAGAGUGUACAGAGUACUGGAUCGGCCCCAACUACGGCAUCACCAACUUUGACAACAUCCUGUUUGCCGUGCUCACCGUCUUCCAGUGCAUCACCAUGGAGGGAUGGGUGGACAUCCUCUACAAUGCCAACGAUGCCUCGGGGAACACCUGGAACUGGCUCUACUUCAUCCCCCUCAUCAUCAUCGGAUCCUUCUUCAUGCUUAACUUGGUCCUGGGUGUCUUAUCAGGGGAGUUUGCCAAAGAGAGAGAGCGUGUGGAGAAGAGGCAGGACUUUCUGAAGCUGCGCAGACAGCAGCAGAUAGAGAAAGAGCUUACGGGAUACCUAGAGUGGAUAUGCAAGGCAGAGGAGGUGCUGCUGGAGGAGGAGGAUGAGAACGCGGAGGAGAAGUCCCCUCUGGACGUGUUGAAACGAGGCAAGGUCAAGAAGAGUAAGAAUGACCUGAUCGGUGCUGAGGAGGGAGAGGAUCACUUCACUGACAUGUCCUCUGUUGCGCCCCCAGGCUCUCCGUUUGGCCGGGCCAGCGUGAAGAGCAGUAAGCUGGAGAGCUCGUCCUACUUCCGCCGCAAGGAGAGGAGAAUGCGUUUCUUCAUCCGUCGCAUGGUCAAAGCCCAGAGCUUCUACUGGAUAGUACUGUGUCUGGUGGGCCUCAACACGCUGUGUGUGGCCAUCGUCCACUACGACCAGCCUGAGUGGCUCACCACCACCCUCUACCAGGCAGAGUUUGUGUUCCUGGGUCUGUUCCUGUCUGAGAUGAGCCUGAAGAUGUACGGCCUGGGAGCCAGAAACUACUUCCAUUCCUCUUUCAACUGCUUCGACUUUGGUGUGAUAAUAGGAAGUAUACUUGAGGUGGUGUGGUCUAUGAUCAAACCAGGGGCAUCCUAUGGCAUUAGUGUACUGAGGGCUCUUCGUCUGCUAAGGUUAUUCAAAUUCACCAAGUACUGGAAUUCCCUGAGGAACCUGGUGGUGUCUCUGCUCAACUCAAUGAAGUCCAUUAUCAGUUUGCUCUUCCUCCUCUUCCUCUUCAUCGUUGUCUUUGCUCUGCUGGGCAUGCAGCUUUUCGGAGGACAGUUUAAUUUUGAAGAAGAGACACCGACGACCAACUUUGAUACUUUCCCGGCUGCCAUUCUCACUGUCUUCCAGGUUUUGACUGGCGAGGAUUGGAAUGCAGUGAUGUAUCAUGGCAUUGAGUCCCAGGGGGGCGUACGGCAGGGAAUGUUCUCCUCAGUCUACUUCAUCGUCCUCACACUCUUUGGAAACUACACGCUCCUGAACGUCUUCUUGGCUAUCGCCGUCGACAACCUUGCCAAUGCACAGGAGCUCACCAAGGAUGAGGAGAAGCAGGAGGAAGAAGCCAAUAAGAAGCUGGCCCUGCAGAAGGCCAUGGAGGUGAAGGAGGUCAGCCCCAUGUCAGCAGCCAACAUCUCAAUCGCUGCUUUUGUAAAGCAAAAUCGAGAUGCACUUUCUCGCAGCUCGUCCGUCUCCAGCGUACAUUCACCUAAGGAGCAGCAGAGAGCCAAUAAGAUGAUGUCGGUGUGGGAGCAGCGCACCAACCAGCUGCGCCGAAACAACUUGAGGGCCAGCUCCGAGGCUCUGUUCAACGAGCUGGACCCCGAGGAGCGCCUGCGUGUCUCCUCCGCCCUCCACUUGCGCCCCGACAUGAAGACCCACAACGACCGCCCACUAGUGAUGGAGCCAGGCAGCGGGGACAAACCCCGGCCCCCCGAGGAGGUCAGAGACGGAGCAGAUCCCCAGCAAGAGGGAGGAGACCCCCACAGCCCACAGCCCCGCAAGCACCACCAUCACCGGGAGAGAAACGGGGAGAAUGGUGAGAGCAGGCAUCACAUCCACCACAGCCGCAGUAGGGACCACGACCACCCAGAUGGGCCCCUGUCCAAAGAGGGCAAGGGGGAGAGGAGCCGUAGUCGAGAGGGGGGGCAGGGCCACAGGCACCAUCACCAGGCUGGAUCCCCAGAGGACGGGGUUGACGGAGGGGGAAAGGAAAGGGAGGACCGCCCCCACCACUCCUACAGACAGGGGAACGGGGCCCUGGAUAACGGGGACAGAGGGGAGAGCAGGGGCCGGGGCCACAGGGAGGAGAACGGAGAGAGGAGGAAGCACCGCUCACGCAUGGUCAGGGCCCAGUCAACACUGGAUGGAGACAAAUGCAGAGAGAACGGAGAGAGAAAUGGAGACAGGGACCAAGGACACAGGGACAGGCAGACCGACUCUCAAGGGGAGAGCUUGCCCACCAGUCCUGUUCAGCCUCUUGCAGGUCUGCAGGCUGGAGAGAAGCAAGAGGAUGCUGACAACCAGAAGAACAGCCACAGAGCCAGCCAGGCAGGCCUGAACAGCAACACUGUCCACAUCCCUGUCACCAUCACCGCCCCGUCCAGAGAGACCGCCAUCAUACCCAUGAAUAACAUAGACUGUGAGAGCCUCCCCCUGAACGAGGAGAAGAAGGACUUGGAGGAGGAGCUGAAGAACGGCCCCAAACACAUUCUCCCCUACAGCUCCAUGUUUGUGUUUGGACAGACCAACCUGGUGCGUCGGCUGUGCCACUACGUGGUGAACCUGCGUUACUUUGAGAUGUGUAUCCUGUCAGUUAUCACCAUGAGCAGCAUAGCCCUGGCUGCAGAGGACCCUGUGCAGGCCAAUGCACCACGCAACAACGUGCUCAAGUAUCUGGACUACAUCUUCACAGGAGUGUUCACCUUUGAGAUGGUGAUUAAGAUGAUAGACCUGGGACUGCUCCUCCAUCCUGGUUCUUACUUCCGCGACCUGUGGAACAUCCUGGACUUUAUUGUGGUCAGCGGAGCUCUGGUGGCGUUCGCCUGCUCGAGCUUCAUGGGGGGAACUAAAGGCAAGGACAUCAACACCAUCAAGUCUCUCAGGGUGCUGCGAGUUCUAAGGCCUCUGAAGACCAUCAAACGACUGCCAAAACUCAAGGCUGUGUUUGACUGCGUGGUGAACUCUCUGAAGAACGUGCUCAACAUCCUCAUCGUCUACAUGCUCUUUAUGUUCAUCUUCGCUGUGAUCGCCGUGCAGCUGUUCAAGGGCAAGUUCUUCUACUGCACCGACGAGUCUAAAGGUCUGGAGAAGGACUGCAGGGGUAAGUUUCUGGACUAUGACCGUGAUGAAGUGGCGGCCCAGGAUCGUGAGUGGAGGAAGUAUGAGUUCCAUUAUGACAACGUGCUGUGGGCCUUCCUCACCCUCUUCACCGUUUCCACCGGGGAGGGCUGGCCAAUGGUCCUAAAGCAUUCUGUGGAUGCCACCUAUGAGGACGAGGGUCCCAGCCCAGGCUUCCGUAUGGAGACCUCUAUCUUCUAUGUGGUCUACUUUGUGGUCUUUCCCUUCUUCUUCGUCAACAUCUUCGUGGCUUUGAUCAUCAUCACCUUCCAGGAGCAGGGAGACAAGGCCAUGUCAGAGUGUAGUCUGGAGAAGAACGAGAGAGCUUGUAUCGACUUUGCCAUCAACGCCAAGCCUCUGACGCGCUACAUGCCGGCAGACAAGCAGUCGUUCCAGUAUAAGAUGUGGCAGUUUGUGGUGUCGCCGCCCUUUGAGUACUCCAUCAUGACCAUGAUCGCACUCAACACUGUGGUGCUGAUGAUGAAGUUUCACGGUGCUCCGGAGCUGUACGAGGCCAUGCUGAAGUACCUGAACAUUGUGUUCACAGCUCUCUUCACACUAGAGUGCAUCCUCAAGAUCAUCGCUUUCGGACCACUGAAUUACCUGAAGGCAGCUUGGAACGUGUUUGACUUUGUGACAGUAUUGGGGAGUAUCACGGACAUCUUGGUCACAGAGAUUAAGACGGACAAGCUGAUCAACCUGAGUUUCCUGAGGCUGUUCAGGGCGGCCAGGCUCAUCAAGCUGCUGAGACAGGGCUACACCAUUCGCAUCCUGCUAUGGACCUUUGUCCAGUCCUUCAAGGCCCUACCUUACGUCUGCCUCCUCAUCGCUAUGCUCUUCUUCAUCUAUGCCAUCAUCGGCAUGCAGGUGUUUGGAAACAUUGAGCUGAAUGAGGAAUCAGCCAUCAACCACCACAACAACUUCCAGACCUUCUUCCAGGCUCUGAUGCUUCUGUUCAGGAGUGCAACAGGCGAGGCGUGGCAUGAGAUCAUGCUGUCGUGUCUGAGUAACCGUCCGUGUGAUAAGCUGUCAGGGUCCGCAGGGAAAGAAUGCGGCAGUGACUUUGCUUAUUUCUACUUUGUCUCCUUCAUCUUCCUCUGCUCCUUUCUGAUGCUCAACCUGUUUGUGGCGGUCAUCAUGGACAACUUUGAGUACCUGACCAGAGACGCCUCUAUCCUGGGGCCUCACCACCUGGACGAAUUCAUCCGUGUUUGGGCCGAGUACGACCCUGCUGCCUGUGGCCGUAUGACCUACCUCGAUAUGUACGAGAUGCUCCGUCACAUGUCCCCUCCGCUAGGUUUGGGAAAGAAAUGUCCGCCCAGAAUCGCCUACAAGCGAUUGGUUAAGAUGAACAUGCCCAUCGCCGAUGACAACACGGUGCAUUUCACAUCCACUCUGAUGGCUCUCAUCCGCACCGCUCUGGAGAUCAAACUGGCAUCUGGCGUCCUGGCCCAGCGCCUGUGUGACGCUGACCUGAGGAAAGAGAUCUCCAGAGUCUGGCCCAACCUGCCUCAGAAGACUGUUGACCUGCUGGUCACACCAUAUAAAAUUGAUGAGUUCAAUGAGCUCCUUUGCCCCUUUGCGGUUGUAAACCGAGAGCUGACAGUGGGGAAGGUCUACGCUGCCCUCAUGAUCUUUGACUACUACAAGCAGAACCGGGCCAAGAGACUGGAACAGCAACUGGGACUGGACUUCACAGGGACAAUUAAGAGUAAAAAGGGUCCAACCUUCUUCCGACCCAUGACCAUGACCCAUAUGCAGGAGGAGGUGACGCCAAUCACCAGUGCCAAUCCCCUGCCAUCCUCCCAGCCUGAACCAGCGUCUCAGCCAGAGCCCCUGCCCUCCACCACCUCUCUAACCAAUGGGGAUGCAGUACCAAGCCCUAGAAGUGCCAUAAGAGAGUCAGGAGAGCAGCUGUCUCAGGAGGGCCAGUGGUCCAGCAGUAGAAAUAGGACUCUACAGAGGGGCCAGUCAGAGGACGUGCCCUACUCCAACAAACCUCAGGAAUCAGUGGAGAUGAGGCAGGUGGAGAACGGUGCUGAUAUAGGGGGCUACUCUGGUCUGGAUGGCCAUGGCAGAGCAGCCUCCAUGCCAAGACUGGACUCCCAGUACUAUCGGAACCACCCUCGCCUCCUACCUGGGACCUACCUGGCACCUAUUGCUGACAUCAGUCCUAUCAGACGGUCGGCAUCCAUGUUGGCUUCCCAGCGCCCCCAGGAGGUGAAUCUAAGGAACUACACCCUGGAGCGGCCCAGACAGGCCCAAGCCCAGGCCUCCUCAGCCCCAGGUCAGGCCCAGGACAGGACCCACCACCAUCACCACCACCACCGCUGUCACAGACGCAGGGACAAGGACCGGGACAAGAAGCAGAAGUCACUCGACAGGGCAACCAGCGUUCAGCCUUCUAGUACAGCAUGUUCGCCUGUUGACCCUCCUGUAGAGGGCUUGUCCAGGGAGCGGGCGAGGGAGCGUGACCGUGGCCGGCCUCAGGAGAGGAGGCACCACUCUGCAGCCGGGGAGAAGAAGCGUUACUACUCCUGUGAGCGCUACGGAGGCAGGGAGCACUGCCACACCAAGUCAGCUGGCCCCAGCCGCUCCACCUCCCCUGGAGAGUCCCACGACCUAGGCCUCUUCAAGCAGAGUAUCGGCAUGGGUAAAGGCAGCCAAGCGGUCCUAACUUCUGGGUCUAUCACACCCUGCCGUGGGCGCAGACAGCUCCCCCAGACCCCCCUGACCCCCCGCCCCGCCGUGGCCUACAAGACUGGAAACUCCUUGCCUGUGCAGUUUGGUGCCACGGGGCACCAGUCCCUUCUCAGUCGUGGCCUCUCGGAUCAUAGCGCUCUGCUGGAGUCACCCCCCUUGCCCGUCACCCUCAUUGGCUCAGACCCAAACCUGAGCCCCUGUCCACGGAACGCCCCUCCACACAGCCUCCCUGAGGAGCCUGACGACUUCCAGGAUGCUGUGAGCACCCAUGGAGGGAGCCGCUCCCCUAGGACCGCUGCCUCAGCCUCCCAUGGGGCUGCUGGGCCUUCUUCUGCCCCUGCCCCACAGGGCCGGGCUGGGGUCCCAAAUGGGUACCACUUCACUCUUGGGGUCAACGCCAGUUCAAGCUCCAGCCCCAGAGGGACUGGGAGCUUCCGGGAGAAGGAAGAGGAUGACUGGUGCUAGUGUUGCAUAGCAUGGCUUAGCUAACAUCCCCCUUCACAUAUUUGAAAGCGUUUUAGCUUGAAUGUUGAUGAACUCGCUCAUCUUUUGUGCAGAUGACAGUACAGUGUUGAUGUCAGUUCCUGUGUGCUCUUAGGUGCUCAAGGGUGAGGGAUAUGUUCCAAGAUGUGUAAAAUAUUGAAAAAGUACUCUGAAAAGGAAAAUCAUUCCCGUUCUUUUGUGAUGUUUUCUCUUUUCUACACAAAGGACACUAAAGGUCAAAGGACACCUGCUAUGACAUUUUCUCAAUUCCCUUCUUGCACUGAAAUUAAAGCUUAUUUCGAUAGUGUGCAUAGUCCAGAGCACAUGUGAAAUCCCUGUGAGUAUUUUGCCUUGGUCAGUGAAAUCAUUGUUUUAGUAGAUGAAAAAAAGCCAAAAUGUCUUCCUACUGUCUGUGGGGGAAAACAACUAAGACUGUGAACAGUGUUUCUCUGCAGGAUUGAGCAGAUAAAAACCUUUCCUUCCCCCUUUAUUCCAGUUUUAAAAUGGGGCUACAUGCUAUUGCUGUCUAAAGGACAAAACACACUGUGCUGUCAAACGGUUAAAAGCAGCGGGUGGCCUAUCGCCUCUAACCACAGACCAUCAGCCGCCAUUUUGUAUUAAUUUCCAGACGAUUCUACACAAUGAAUCACCAAUGUUCGUUGACACCCAGCAGGUGAUCUACUGCGUAUGGUGUGUGUUUUCCUUUAAUGUGUCUGCUGGCCCUGGAAGUAAAAUGAGAGGAACCAGGAGGCACAAGUGAUGAUAAAAAUGCACUACCACUCAAAUCCCCUCCCUCUCUGCAGAAAAUACUUUAGUGUAUCUCUUUAACUCUUUUUACACAAGCUUUGGGCUUCUCACUGACAGACCCAUAUAGGUAUUACAGUAACAUACAUAAGGGAUAGUAUAUGGUUAAGUAGGUAUAGUAUUGCUGCUGUUUUUCCAUGUCACCCAUGACAUGUUGAACCAUUUCUCAAAAAAAAAUAACACAGAAGGACCGAAGAUUCUAAUACAUUUUCUAUGGAACUAUAACAUUAGAUGGAAUAUCUUUUCAUGAUGUUCAUUAUUUUGUGAGUUGUACCUAAAUGAUAUGAGUGUAGUUGGGUAGGUCAGCUGUUUCUAACGUAUUGCUCUAGUGGCUGAAUACCAAGUGCCUAUCAUUAAAGAUGUGUUAUUGUAAAGCUAUAAUGCAGCCUGACUUUCGUGAUGUAUCAACACUGGAGAGCAGAGGAGAGGGUGGAACGUAUGAUAUUAGGUAUACAGUAUAUGAGGUAUAUAAUAACUGGUUAUGCAUAUGAGUAGAAAUGUAUAUAGUUGUAAAGGAAAUAAAGGUUUACAGAAUUUAAGGACUACAGUAUGAAUUGCUGGUUUGGAAUGAACAAAGCCUUUUCUUUGAAUCUCGAAGGAGGGAAAGAAUGCAAAAAAUAAUUUUUGUGUAAUGAUUAUGUACAAUAUAGUAGUUAUAAGUAGGUCAGAACUACAGAUCCAAAGCAAGCAAUGGAAUGCAUGCCAGGGUCUUGAACAUGUCAAAGUUGUCUGUACUUUACAGGGCUUUUGUCUUUCUCUUCCAAAAAUAUACAGCACUGCCAGAGUGAGAUGGAAGGAAAAGUGGUUCCAAGGGAAAAAGUGCCCUUUGUGAUUCCUUCCAACAAGGAAAGUUUCACUUUACAUGUUCUUAUCGAUAGAAACAAUAUAUUCAAAUAAAUGCCUCCAUAUAUUUCAGAUAAAAUAGAGUAAAUGUAGAGUAUGCUUAUGAAUUCUGCCACUUUUGCCAAUAUCUCAAGGGUUUGUUUUCUUCCAAAUAUAUUUAUCCUGAAAAAAAAACAGGGUCGUGUGAAGGGUUUCACUAACUGAUAUAUAGCCUACAACCUUGUGUGUUCACAGGUAUUGAAGGGUUGUGUUGAUUGUCGACUCUUUAAAGUAGGGCUAUGCAACAAGAUUACACUUUGGGACAAAUUCUUCCCUGCCCUGUAGCUUUACCCUCUGGAGUCUCCAGGUUCAGGCUUUAGCAUGAUUUUUUACCAAAUUUUACGUAGGAUUUAUUAACAAAGAGUUGUAAAAUGUAAAUGUAGUAUAUCAUGUACAUGGAAAAUGCAUUGAUGAAGGCACAAUGGUUAUAAAUUGAAUUAUGUCAAAGGGGCAUUUUGAGUUCAGCAAGUCGAUUUGCAUGUACCCUGAUAGAACCACCCAGAUGUACAAAUGUUGGUUUUUAUUGUACUAAAUCAGAAAUCACAUUUAUUUUGUUUUCUAGAGUCAGAUAUAUCGUGCAAUCUAUUUGAUGGAUCGUCAAAGGUGAAGUAUUAGACUUUGAAUUGAAGUCUGUAAAUGUGAACAUGGCUAUUUGUAGGAUUGCAGGAAUCUUCCUUUGGCCUCUAAAUGUCACAAUAUAGUAUCAUAGUGGGGGAUAAAAUCAGUGUGUACCCCUAGAUCUGUGAACAGACCCAUACAUUUUUGAAACCUCACUCACUCACUCACUCACCCCACCCCAAACCCCCAUUAAAUAGGAUGCCAAUUUUAAAACCACACCAGUUUGUCUCAGUAUACCUCAUCCAGUUUUCCUGUGGCUAUAUUCCCUGGACAUGUCAUGUUUGCAUGUUAUGAAAAGUAUGUGCAUGUGCAAAAAAAAUACAUUGUAUAAAGAAUGUAGUGUAUGAAGAUAAACAAUCUGUUCACUGGUUGUAUUUUCUGAAGAUCUUUAAUGCAUAUGUCUUUGUUUCUGGAAAGACAAAUAGGUUGAAUAACAUUUUAACGAAAGUAUUGAACCAUUCGUGUGGUUAAGUGCAAAAGGUUCUGGUCUGGAGCAAGUGGGUCAUUUGCUGCCUGAUAUGUUAUAGGCCUAUGACUGUCAAUCCUACAGUCAUUUCUACCAUUACAUUUUGUAUGAAUAGAAGUCCUUGAAUAAAGAUAUAUGAAAAUGA